AUGACCACACCAACUUCCUUCACAGUCACCAAAGGGCCUAUCACUAUCGAGGCACUGGACCAAGGCACUGGUCCCGGCAUCGUGAUUCUUCCUUCACUAGCGCGUGGAGCAAACGACUACGAUGUUGUCGCCCCAAUCCUCGCCAGAGCUGGCUAUCGCGUCAUCCGUCCCCAGCCCCGCGGUAUCGGUAAAAGCAAAGGACCUAUGGACAACUUAACCUUGCACGACUUCGCCGCCGACGUGGCCAUGGUCCUAGACCACAUCAACUGCGGCCCGUCCGUCAUCGUGGGUCACGCUUGGGGAAGCAUGCCGGCGCGCAUGCUAGCCGCCGACCGUCCAGAUCUUGUUCGCGGGGUCGUCAUGGCAGCUGCCUCAGCAGGGAAAUUGCCUCCGGGCUCUACCGAGAAACCAUUCAGCCGACUGCGCACCGAAAUUGACGGGUCGGGGGACAUGACCCUUCCUGAGUCCAAGCGACUUGAGUACCUGCGAGCUGCCUUCUUCGGGCCUGAAGGCAACCCGCGGUUGUGGCUAGACGGGUGGAACGACGCGACGCAUCAUGCUCAGGCGCAUGCGCGUAUGCAUACGCCGGUUGACGAGUAUUUCAGUGCAGGUGACACGAUUCCCAUUUUGGAUCUCCAGGCUGAGCACGAUGCUGUUGUUGUGAAGGAUGUGAUGAAGCCGUGUUUAGGUGAUCGUGUCGCGGUGCAGGUUAUCAAGGGUGCCGGCCAUGCUUUGGCGCCGGAACAACCAGAGGCUAUGGCCGACGCGAUCAUCAAUUUUGUUAGAAACAUUUAA